AUGUCAAAGGAUUUGUUCUGCAGAGAGCUUCUUCGGUUUCUGCCCUGCCACAGCGACGUAGAGUACCUUCUUUCUUUGUUUAUAGUUAACUGCAUCUUAAACGGAAUUUUGUCGUACUCGACAGCAGUUUUAAACUGUCUUGCAAUCCAUGCUGUAAAGAAAACCUCCUUUUUAUCAGCAUCACUGAAAACCAUUCUUCUGAGUCUGGCCAUCUCUGAUCUUGGUAUCGGUUUGUUCAGCCAGCCUUUUUUUGUUGUAUUGCUGUCGAAAUCACUUCGAAACGACAACCUUGGGUGUACCACGUAUACAAUUUUUACUUUUGUAAUUAUCUUUUUUACUUCAGCGUCAUUAUUUGGAGUUAUGGCUAUAAGUCUUGAUAGAUACAUGGCAAUUUAUCUUCAUCUCAGGUAUCAAGAGCUUGUAACACAGACGCGAGUUGUUGCUGGUGUCGCCUCCUUGUGGAUUCUUAGCGCGAUCCUAUCGCUGAUAUUUUUAUGGAUCGACCCAAACGUUUUCGCUUUGACAUUUUCAAUUGCUGCUGCAAUCUGUCUCGCCGUUACUUCUUUGCUUUACUUCAAGAUUUAUAUUAUUGUCAGGCGUCAUAAUUUUCAGAUUCGACGACAGAAUCAAAUUCACCAAGACGGGCCUAAUGAUGACGAAAUCAGUUUUGCUAGUAGGAAGUACGCCGUUGGUACGUUCUACGUUUAUGCGGUGUUUUUGGUCUGUUACUUACCUCACGCGUUCAGUUUACUGGCUAUAGUUAUUGGAAUUGGACCACAUAUUAUAAUGAAGGGUUUGUAUAAUAUAUCAUUGACGAUAACCUUCCUUAACUCAACUCUCAAUCCUGUCGUGUAUUGUUGGAAGAUGCGACAUAUUCGCCGCGCUAUGGUAGAAACUUUGCGAAACAUUUUCCGAAGGGGCCGCAACCAUAGAGAAUGA